AUGCAGGCGUAUCUUCUUUCCCGGCAAUUUAACACUAUGCCUUUGGCAGAAAACUCCACGGCUUGUCCAGCAAAUGCUACUAUUUGCAAUGGUACAUCUUGUGUGUUACAAGAAGAUAAUUUUAAUGAAACUCUGAGCGUAAUUUUAAGCACUGUUCUAACAAUCAUGCUGGCUUUGGUGAUGUUCUCCAUGGGUUGCAAUGUGGAACUUAAGAAAUUCUGGAGCCACAUAAAAAAACCCUGGGGUAUUUUUGUGGGUUUCCUUUGCCAGUUUGGAAUUAUGCCUCUCGCAGCCUUCUUGCUGUCCCUGGCCUUUAACAUUCUUCCUGUUCAAGCUGUUGUGGUGCUGAUUAUGGGAUGCUGUCCAGGAGGCACAGCUUCCAAUGUCAUCGCCUACUGGGUGGAUGGAGACAUGGACCUCAGCAUCAGCAUGACAACUUGCUCCACACUACUUGCAAUGGGAAUGAUGCCACUUUGCCUCUUUAUUUACACUAAGAUGUGGACUGAUACAAAUGCAAUUGUACUCCCCUAUGACAGCAUUGGAAUUUCACUGGUAGCUCUUGUAAUUCCUGUUGCAUUUGGAAUAUAUGUUAACCACAAGUGGCCUAGAAAAGCAAAAAUCAUACUUAAGGUAGGUUCCAUUGUGGGAGCAAUCCUCAUCGUGCUCAUUGCUGUGGUUGGGGGAAUACUCUACAAAGGCUCCUGGAUUAUCACACCCAAAUUAUGGAUCAUUGGCACCAUAUUUCCAGCAGCUGGCUAUUGUCUGGGAUUCUUUCUGGCCCGCUUAGCUGGUCUGUCUUGGAACAGAUGUCGUACAGUGUCUCUGGAAACAGGCAUGCAAAACACUCAGCUAUGUUCAACUAUAGUACAGCUCUCAUUCACUCCUGCAGAACUUGAACUGAUGUUUACUUUCCCACUCAUCUACAGCAUUUUCCAGCUCUUGUUUGCAGGACUAAUUUUAGGAGGCUACCGUAUUUACAGAAGACAUCAAAUCAAAACAGAGACAGAUAUUGAGAAAACAGAGCAAAAAGAGGAUUCAAAAUCAACGUCAUCAUGUGCUAACGUAAAUGGAGGAUUUGUAUCAAAUGAAGAAAAAUAG